AGUAGAUCGGAUGAGCCUCAUUCGCCUCUGUGGAAAAAAAAAAAAAAAUAUCAACCACUUCUUUUUGUAUAAGUCACAUUUUUUUGAAGGGUGAUAAAACAACCCAUCUUGCGCAUCAGGAAACGACGGUUGCCCAGCAACGGCCCCUUCCUUCCCCUCCCCCCCCACCCGCUUACACCUCACGUCCUCACUCUCUUGCUCGGGCUCUCGCCUCUCGCCGCGCUCGGACGGGUGGCUGGUGCUCCGCUCGCGCGCGCGCGUUAUGUGGUGGGGGUGGGGGCAGUGGCGGGGGUGCGUGGUGGCGUCAUCCGACAAGUGUGCUUGUUUUGCUUGUUGUGCCUAUACGUCGGCAGUGGCAGCAAGUUGUUUUCGUCGUCGCUAAUUGCGUCUAGCCAAUGCCGUGGUCUCGAUCGUGUGGAUGCAGUGCGAGGCGACCCCGGUCAGCGGCAGGGACGCUCACGAGCGCGGCCUCGGUGAUCCACUCACCCAGUUUGCGGCAGCGGCAUUGAACAGCACCGAGCGAUAGCCCUGCGCGGCGAUCGAUACGCUAAGAGAGGCAACCGUAGGAAUGAACGCGAUGGAUGGAACUUCUGCCCUUUUACUGGCCGUGCUGCUGUGUUUGGCCGCGAUGUUGCAAUACGCGAGCCCCUUGCAACCGAACGAAAAAGCCGAGAUAGGAGUGCAAAAGCUGAAGAGUCUGUACAUAGCUGCAGUGUUCCCCAUGAAGGGCCAUGGUGGCUGGCUUGGCGGUCAAGGAUGUCUUCCAGCGGCGCUGAUGGCACUGGAAGACGUGAACAAGCGAUCGGAUCUCUUGAUUGGCUACAAACUCGAAAUUGACUGGAGGGACAGCCAGUGCAAUCCCGGCCUAGCUGCGACAGUCAUGUAUGACCUGCUCUACAAUGAGCCGCAGAAAUUGAUGCUGCUUGGAGGUUGCAGUAUUGUCUGCUCUACGGUAGCAGAAGCUGCUAAAAUGUGGAACUUGGUCGUUAUAUCGUAUGGAUCUAGCUCACCUGCACUCUCCAAUAGAAAACGUUUUCCAACUUUCUUCAGGACGCAUCCAUCAGCUACCAUUCACAAUCCUACUCGCAUAAAGUUGUUUCAGAAGUUCUCGUGGUCAAGAAUCGCCAUCAUUCAAGAAGCUGAAGAAGUUUUUAUAUCCACAGGUGAAGACUUAGAAGCACGUUGUAAAGAAGCACACAUUGAAAUUGUUACCAGGCAAAGCUUUCUAACGGAUCCCACUGAUGCAGUCAAGAAUCUUGUGAGGCAAGAUGCACGGAUCAUUGUUGGCAUGUUUUAUGUUGCUGCAGCCAGACGAGUAUUCUGUGAGGCAUAUAAACAGAAUGUGUUUGGCAAGCAGUAUGUGUGGCUUCUAAUUGGAUGGUAUGAGGACGGUUGGUACACAGUGCAAGACAAAGGCCACAACUGCACUACAGAGCAGAUGAAAGAGGCCCUGGAAGGGCACUUCACCACUGAAGCUCUUAUGCUCAAUCAAGGAAACCAGGAGACCAUCUCGGGAAUGAGCUCGCAGCAAUUCCUGGAGCGGUAUGAGCGAGCGCUAGCGGAGCAGAAUGGAGGGCUUCAGGGCUACAAGCCUGAAGGGCAUCAGGAGGCCCCCCUAGCAUAUGAUGCCAUCUGGGCCAUUGCAUUGGCGCUCAACAAGACCAUCAACACCUUGCGUGAAUACUCCAUGAGCAUUGAGGACUUUACUUACACCAACCACAAGAUUGCAGAUGAAAUUUGGUCAGCCAUGAAUGCCACCCAGUUUCUUGGUGUCUCGGGAUUUGUUGCCUUCUCGGCAAAAGGUGAUCGCAUGGCAUGGACACUCAUUGAACAAAUGAUUGAUGGAAACUAUGUCAAGAUUGGUUAUUUUGACACCCAGACUGACAAUUUGACCAUAUUAAACCAAGAAAAGUGGGCAGAUGGGAAGCCACCCCAGGACCGUACAAUCAUAGUUCGGGUACACCGCAAAGUGUCACUCAGCCUCUUUGCUGGGAUGUGUGCAGUGGCCUUCAUCGGUGUUGUCUGGGCUGUUGGCCUGCUCAUAUUCAAUUGGAUAUUCAGGCACUCCAGGUACAUACAGCUUUCCCAUCCCAUGUGCAAUAACAUCAUGCUCAUCGGCAUCAUCCUGUGCCUGGUGUGUGUCUGCCUGCUUGGCCUGGACGGGCAAUUUGUCAGCGAGUUCAGAUAUGCACACAUCUGCCAGGCUCGCUCAUGGUUCCUGGCCAUUGGGUUCACGCUGUCGUUUGGUGCUAUGUUCUCAAAGAUAUGGAGGGUGCACCGGCUUACGACAAAGUCCAAGUCCGAAAGCAAGGGCCUGUCAUUCCAGCGCGUGGAGAGCUGGAAGCUGUAUGGGAUGGUGGGCGGCCUCGUGUUGGUGGAUGCAGUGAUCCUGUCUGCCUGGCAGCUGGUGGACCCCAUGCAGCGCCACCUCGAAGUCUUUCCUCUUGAACCACCUGCUCUCUCUGAUGAGGAUGUUCGCAUUGAGCCUGCCCUCGAGCACUGCGAGUCACGCAAUCAUGCCAUAUGGCUCGGCGUGAUGUACAGCUAUAAGGGCUUGUUGCUCAUAUUUGGCAUCUUCCUUGCAUAUGAGACGCGAAGUGUCAAGAUCAAGCAGCUCAACGACUCGCGCCUCGUUGGCAUGAGCAUAUACAACGUUGUGGUGCUGUGUCUGAUCACGGCGCCAGUCACGCUGGUGAUUGGCAGCCAGCAGGACGCCACCUUUGCGUUUGUCGCCCUGGCCAUCAUCUUCUGCAGUUUUCUCUCCAUGGCACUCAUUUUUGUACCCAAGAUUAUAGAGCUGGUGCGGCGGCCCCGCGAGCGUGCGGACGUGCGGAGCCUUAUGGACACCAUCACGAGCAAGGAGGAGGAAGAGAGGCACCAGCGGCUGCUUGCCGAGAAUGAGGACCUCAAAAAGCAGAUCGCUGAGAAGGAGGAGCAAAUUCAGGUGCUGAACCAAAAGCUGCAGGAGCGACAGCGGCUGGCCCACCAGACUGCUCUGCCUGCUAGCGGUGAGAGGGUGCGCAUUGCACUGCCACCCACCUAUGCGGACGGCCUGCUGGCCCCCAAGGAGCCUGUGGCCAUUGACCCCGUCUCCGAUUCUGGCUUUGUCACGGGCACCUCCUUGGUUGGCCGUGGCUCACGCCUCUCCCGUUCAGACUUUGAAUUCUCCGAGUCAUACCUUUAAUCUGUGGCAUACCAUCAGGUUGCACAACACCCGACAUGGCCAUUGGACUUUGCUAUUGGGUAUGAAGCUAUGAAUGGCUAAUGUACAAACUUUCAUAAUGGAUUUCUUUGUGUGGGAGAUACCUAGGAGGGGAGAGAGCAGCAAAUGGUGGUUUGCACUUUGGUUGUAAUUCUCAACCCUCAAGUUCGCUUAUCUUAUGCCACAUUUCAGGAAGAAGGGGUUGAUUUCAGGGUAGUCUUUUCCCCUUCCGUGAGAUUAGUGCUGGUGUGCAUUGGUGGCUUGUUUCUGCUUGGCCCAUUCUCGUGGCAUCCUAUUAAGUAAGGAGGCUUAAAGAAUGGAUCCUGCAGACUGUAGCUGUUUAGACAAUUGCCUUGCAAUAUAUAAGAGGUGGCAAAAACAGUGAAACAGGAGACAACAGCAGGAUGCUAAAGUAUUGAGUUCACAUUAUGGAAAGAAAGAAAAACUUGCAUAAAGGAUAUGUGCAUGUGUGUAUCCUAUGGACUGACCUGACUGCACUGUAUGCAUUUCCUCUUGCUUCAGACUGAGUUGUUCCUUUUCUGCCAAUGUUUCAAAUACUCAUUGCCACCAGUCAUUUUGGUUCUCACUGGUGAUGUGUUUUUCUUUUUUUUUUAGUUUGUACUCACAAAAAGUAGUAUUCUAACAUUUCAAUGUGAACACUGCAAUUUCUCUGUAUUCUACUUCACAUCAACAAGUUUUAGAAUUGUGUUAGAAUCAGGUAAACAUUGUAAUCAGACAUUGUGAACUAUGUUUAUUGCUUGAAAAUCUUCUUAGGGCAGGCCAAAAGCAGGCUGGAGGUGACAAGUGUUCAUUCAAUGGGAGCUGACGUGUGUUCAACAUCAUCUCUUGCCUAGACAGACACCACCAGUAGAGGGGUUGCUAUUGGGGUCACCAUGGGGGGUCAGGCACGUGCGUGCCGACAGGUCAAGUUUGAAUUAUCCGGUGAAGGCCAAUUUUAGGAUCGAAAUAACAAAAGUUUUGGCCCAUAGAAAUACAUGGGUGCUGGCCGGGACCUUCGGUUGGGAUCAAAUUAAGCGAAAAAUGGAAUUAACCAGAGUCGAAUUAACAGAAGUCAACUAUAAGCUUUUCCAUACAGGCAGGGAUGGUUCUUUAAUACUUAUUGUAAAUAACGAAUAACAAUGAGCAAAUUUUAUAAGGCUGGCGUGAUACCACCAAGCUUAAACAUUUAUUUUUCACCCUACCACAAAAACAAGGAUGAGCAGUGGAAAAGGAGGAGUGUUUAGGAGCUUUGCUUUUCAAGUGACUAAGUCAAAUGUACAGAAGGCAAAAACAGUCAGAACAUCAUCACCCAGCAAAAACAGUUCCUUUGGAGCUCUGUAGCAUUCUUUUGUGUCAUGUUUCUUUUCUUUCCCCUUUUUUUUAAGCAUUCUUACUCUAUUUACUAACUCUCUACUAGUCAAUGCAUAAUUAUAGUUUAGUGUGGCCUACUGCAAAACAUGCAACACAGUUCAAUUGCAUCAGAACAUGCUCACAUUCCAACAGCAAGAAGCAGAACUUACAAAAGCUACCCUAGAUCUUUCAAGCAAGGCUCAAGCAAUAGGUUAGCCAAAAAUUCCAGUCCCCUCUUUUCAAACAGCUCAGAAAUUGGCCAUUUACUUGCUUAAGGCAGAAAACAAGGAUAGAAAUAUGAUAACCUGAGCACUGGCUACCAAGUAAAUUCCAUGCAGGAAGAACAGCAAGCACUCACUUGUACUCAUUCUUUAUUCUUUACACACCACCUGCACUUCGUCUGCACAAGGUAUUGAAAUACUAAACAAAAUGCUAUCAUGAAUAAAAAAGACAUUAGUCUGUUAGUCUCUAAUUAACUGCUUUUCGCAUGACGAUGUUCCUACCUUGAACUUUCUAAGGAAUUGGCAUGCAAAUUGGCAUUGCACAUUGGUAUUGGAUAGUCCUCUGUCCAUUUGUCUCCACUGUGCCUGCUCUGCAUGAAUAUUCUUUCUGUCUUGUGCUGAAACGUACUUCCCCCAUCAGGAAUUUGAACAGUGACCACACAUCAAUGCUAGAUGUUGAUAAAAUGCUAGGAAAUGUGCAUCUCAACAUCUGCAGCAGUGUAGCUUGCACAAGUACUAUCUGCCUCCCAGUGCCAUGGGGACUGGUAACAGAAAAACAGGUUAUGUUUCUGCUGUUUAUAUUUAUAACAUGUUUUCCCUUUUCAUACACCAUUCAUAACAGUAACUGCCGUGUCGUAUAAUUCGAGCUAAUAGGUUCACUUUGUUAGAAUGUGGCUGUUCUUCAGUGAUGGCUCACUUGUCAACACAAUAAUUUUUUUUCCAGGAAAAUUCUUAAAUAACAAAAAAAUGUGCCUUUUGUAAGGUUUGAACAAAACUAACUAGCCAUGAUUCAUGGCUGGCCCAUGUGUCCGUCAGGCACCUCAGGUUUUCAUACAGGCAUUUGAAUUCAGUCACAUUUAUUAACAAAUGUGUUGAUUGCCUGGUGUUGCACCCUGAAGUCUAUCCUGUCACUUACUAUUUGUUCGCUUUGGUUAUGUAAGCUUGAAGACCGGUGUCCUUGCUAGCUGCAAUGCCUUACCUUGGUGCAGGGACAGUGCCCACAGCUGGGUUGCUCCAGAUUGCAUCUGUAUUUCUUAGUGCUGUGUUCCUUUACAAAACAGCUGUCUAACUUUUAACAGACACCCUUGUGUGUUCAGAGUAAAAGCAGUAUGAACACACUACUGGAGUCUAGGUUUCUAACAUCUACGUGAAAGAAUUUUAUUAUUCGCUACAUGGUUAUGUGUACAGGCACAGCCACUGUUAGCAGGAACACGGGAGCCCUUGGCAGAACUCCGUGGAGCAACACCAGCGGCGUCUCGCGAAUCUUGCAGAGCAGGCGCAGUUAAAGCGAUAGGCGGAGCACCCGGCGCGUCGUCUGCUACAGUUCCUCCCCUUCACGACCUUCCCCGUGUGCAUGUUGGUAUCCAUAUAUGUUAUGCGCACUAGCUGCUUCGAGUAUUCAUGCAAGUGCUGCCAAAGCCAAAUGUAUUGCAGGCUGCAUGGAGGCACCCCAAAUUUGGAACGUGAUUAAUACUUCCACACAGUUUUCGUUUGCGAAGGAUCAUUUUAAACUUUUUUAUUGGUUUGUAAAUAAGAAUGCUGAUUUCAAAACUCUGUGCUUUGAAGUUAUUCGAAAAUAAAUGGAAAUUAUCACUUUCCAAGGACUGGCUGGCACUGGGAAAAUCCAUUUGGGCGACAAUCAGAGCAGCCAUCUGGCUAUGCAAACAACUGUAGGGCGAACAGCUGGGGCAGUGAUCACUGGGUGAUCACUUUUGUGGAUAUUUUACUUUAGCGCAAUUUUGAGUGACUCAGCACCAGACACGUCCGCGUAUAGGUCAACACCAUUUCUGGUGCUGUGCCAAGUUGGCUAUCUUCACACAGUACCAAGAGCGCUAUCGGCCAUAUACUUCGACACAUCUAGUGCAGAGUCUCACGAAAUCUCCAAAAUCCCUGAGAGUGAUUGCCAGAGAAUACCGCCCCUGUUGUGUUGUUUAAGCUGAUGAUGCAAUUAGCACUGGGUUGCGUUGCUCUCUACGACAAUCUUGCAGUAAUCCAGCGCGGCAGGAAACGGUGAAAUAUUCCAGAAGCGACACACCCAGCCUGUGUGUUCCAGGCGAACGCAGCAACUAGUGCCUAAUACUUUGUCACAACACCCUUGGCAAUAGUCGCAGCAGCCAUUCAUCGAGGCAGAGAGCUGUAGAGAGCAUCCACCAGUGACGCAUCUUGCUUAAGACGCUCCUAUUCGGCUUGGACAGCCUGCCAAAGGUUGUCCGCCGACAGUAGGCAUUGGCGUGAAAGAACGGCUUUAACCAUGCCCCAAAUAUUUUCAGUAAUACUAAAGUCUGGUGACUGGGGUGACUACUCUAGAAUGGUAAUGUUCGGCUGGUGCAGCAGGGCGUCCACUUUCUCGGAAGAGUGCACUGGUGACCGAUUUUGCUGAAAAACGAAGGCAGUGUCGGGCAACUGCAGAUGCUUGAGGUGGGGAAUGGCCACAUCCUUCAAUAUUUUGCAGUACUUGUCAAUUCUAAACUUUCCCUCAAUCCAUGCAAUGGGUCCCAGGUGAUUCUUUGUCAACAUUCCCCAGACACAUACGACCAUUCUUCCACUGGAUGCUACCCUUUGUAGGAACUCUGGAUUGUAUCUAGGAGAAACAAUACAAA